AAUGGAGGUAGACAAAUGCAUUAAUGGAAACAGCAUAUAUGCAAAAAAAAAAAAAGCUUAUAUAUAGGCAACGGUGCUAUCUACCAUUUCACAGUUUAUCUUAGAGCCAUUUCCAAUGGAGAACUCGUUCACAUUGGUUACGAUUUUCGGUCUGCUGUUUACUUUAGGCAAUGUAGGUCCUCAAGCUGAGGCCGCGAGGGCGUUUUUCGUGUUCGGAGAUUCAUUAGUCGAUAACGGUAACAACAACUAUCUAGCUACCACGGCUCGUGCUGAUGCUUACCCUUACGGUAUCGACUAUCCUACUCAUAGAGCUACUGGCCGGUUCUCUAAUGGCCUUAACAUCCCAGAUCUUAUAAGUGAGCAAAUUGGCUCUGAACCAACAUUGCCAUAUCUGAGCCCGGAGCUAAACGGACAAAGGCUUCUUAUUGGUGCCAACUUUGCUUCAGCUGGAAUCGGCAUUCUCAACGACACCGGAGUCCAAUUCGUCAAUAUAAUUAGAAUCGGCGAGCAAUUACAGUACUUCAGGCAAUAUCAGCAACGAGUGAGUGCACUUAUUGGACCUGAACAAACACAACGCCUAGUGAAUGAAGCACUUGUUCUAAUGACCCUAGGUGGCAACGACUUCGUAAACAACUACUACUUGGUGCCGUUCUCGGCACGGUCACGGCAAUUCGCACUCCCUGAUUACGUCGUCUAUAUAAUUUCCGAGUACCGGAAAAUUCUUUUGAGGCUGUAUGAGUUAGGGGCAAGGAGGGUAUUGGUGACUGGAACCGGACCAUUAGGUUGCGUCCCGGCGGAACUAGCUCAACACAGCAGAGCCGGUGAAUGCGCGAUCGAGCUGCAACGAGCCUCAGCUUUGUUCAACCCACAACUUGCUGAAAUGCUCAGCGGACUCAACAAUGAGCUUGGAGCAGAUAUUUUCGUUGCAGUAAAUACAAAUGAAAUGCACAUGGAUUGGAUCAAUAACCCCCAACAAUUCGGUUUUGUUACGUCCAAGGUAGCUUGUUGUGGUCAAGGACCUUACAAUGGUAUUGGGUUAUGCACAAUUGCAUCAAACUUAUGUCUGAAUCGAGACAUUUAUGCAUUUUGGGAUCCAUUCCAUCCUUCGGAAAGAGCUAACAGGCUGAUCGUACAACAGAUCAUUACUGGUUCAACUAAGUACAUGCACCCAAUGAACCUUAGUACCAUCAUGGAAUUAGAUUCAAGGGUUUAGCAUAUCUUAAAAUACACUAGUUCUCUAUUAUUUAAUUGGGUUUUUGUUUUCCGGUUUGUUCUUUUUUUGAUAUAAGUAAGAUUGGAAUUCAUAAAUGCUGAGAUUCGAAUCUAAAUUUAUAAAAUGUUGUCUUUUAAAAGUAAUUGUAUGAAUGACUUAAAUUAAAUUUGGAUUCGACUCAGUUAUUAAAAAUUAAA